GACUGGCACAGGACGAAGAACUCCACAGGAAGAUUUGUCAUUUUGUGGUAAAGGUUUGGCUCUAGUGAGCUGUUCAGAGAAGCAGAAGAAAGUGACCACUGAGAGAAAGCUUAACAAACAGAAAAGUGAGCCCUAUAUAAUUUCACACACACAAAUAAACAAACAAAAAACGGAAAGUCAGAAGUUUAUACUGCACUGCAACAAUUCAGGUGUGUGUGGAUUGGUUGUGCUAAGAGAUGACCAUGCGUACAACACUGAUGGGCUCCUAUCUGCUGCUCCUGCUACUUUUGCCCUACAUGUCUUUCGGUCAAAGACAGAGCUACAAUGCCGUAACAGAGGAGAAUGAGGGGGAGCGCAACAAGAUGUUUGUUGAUGUCCUGAGUCGCGUUGGAAUCGAAAGUGCCCAACUCCUACCAAAACAGCGCCUUGAGCCACGGGGAGCGCAUUACAUGCGUCCAGUGUCAUCAAUCCCUAAACGAGCAAUGCAAGGUUCACGUUUUGCACUCUCUCUUGAUGUACCAACCACCAUUUUAAGUGUCCUGAUAGACAUGGCCAAAGAGCAUGACAUGCGGGCCAAGGCUGCAGCCAAUGCCGAGCUCAUGGCACGCAUUGGUAAAAGGAAAUAGAGACAAAUAGAUGUGGACUUCACUCACAGACUAGCAGCAAAGCAAGGGAUGAAGUGAAGUAACAAGGUGGCAUAUUAUAUACCCAACUGUACUGAACCUGCAUUUGGCAACUCUGUGGAAUUAAAUGAAAAAAAGAAACUUUAGAAGUGUGUUUGUCUAAUCAGCCACGCCGGAGCAGUGUGUUUUUCUGAAUAGUAUAACAGCCAAAGAGAGGACACCAGCAGAAUUAAAAUGAAGGCAUGCUAUCUAGAUCUCUUCAUUUGUUAUGUGUAUACUUGUAUAAUAAAUUGUGCUAAUUUGGCUGUG